AUGGCAGAUGCCAGCCUGCCACUGAAGGCGGUCUCUCCAGCUUUGCCAUCCAGCAGCUUCCCGGCAGGACCUCCCACGCAGUUUGACCAGAAAGCCCUUAGGCUCUAUGUCCCUAUGGUGUUCCAUUCCUGCCCCCACAGCUCAGUCACAAGCGUCCUAUGGAUGCUGAUACUGCUGGUCGAGAACUCGUGGAGACCGGAGGCUGUAGGAAAAGGUGUGCUGGAAGAUGGACUGUCCUCUAACGGCGUGCUCCGAUCUGCAGCCUCAGGUGGAAUAGCCAACCCAGAGAAGAAGAUGAACUGUGGGACACAGUGUCCUAACUCCCAGAGCCUCUCGGGCCCUCUGACCCAGAAACAGAAUGGCCUUUGGACCACAGAGGCUAAACGGGAUGCCAAGCGAAUGUCUGCAAAAGAAGUCACAAUUAAUGUCACAGAGAAUCUCCGUCAGAUGGACAGGAGUAAAAGAAUCGCAAAAAACUGCGUCAAUUAGCAGUGCCUGUAUGGAGGAGCGGAUGAAACUUUGUGGGGUCCAGUCAAAGAAUCUUGAAGAAGUGGGUGUCGCUCACUAACCAUGGCUGCCUCUGGAGGGAUGGCUUGACCAAGCAACACUCGGCCACCCGAGCUGUGAGGGCCUUCUCAGUGUCCUGUUUAUCAUAUAUGGGAACAAAAAAAAAGUAUUGAAAAGUCCUGAAAUAUGUUCACAGAUUGCCAAACUGUGGUUUGUUUUUCCCCUUUGUAGCUUCCGUAGCACGGUCUGCUGUAGCCUUGGUGAAAUGCGUGGGCCUGUGAAUGACAGAAAUGCAGGAGUGGUGGAUUUCCUGGGGCAAGGAUCAUACAUUAGUGUGAAGCUCACACAGUGUGUGGUCCUAAACCCUUGCUCCUUUCUGUGCCAAAACAGCUAUCACAAAAUUUACUGUUUUCACGUCAGAGCCGGCUCUCAUCCAGUUCCAAACCCAGAAACAUAAGAACCGGAGAAACAGAAAACUCAGUUUGAAGCAGAGUAAUCCAAGCCGCACACGCUGACUCCACCAGUGUCUGUGGGGUGUCUUUGAGAGGUGUCAGUGACCCAGCCACACCUGUUCAUCCCAGGAUGGAAAAGCAUCCCAGGCUGGCAUCCAGACCGGAAUAUCUCCAUGUCUGUGGCCAUUGCAUCCAACCUGCAAGCCCCUCUGGGACCUAGCUACAUGUUUUGUUUUCAUAGCUUUUCCCUUCCAUUUUAUCCUCACGACCUCCAGACGGGUCAUUUGCAAUUGGGAUCAAAGACUGGAUAUGGCUCACAGCAGGGAAGUGACCCAGGGACACGUGGUGGUGCACGUGAUGCCCCUUUUGACCUUCCUGUGUCAGCCCCGAGGACUGUGUUAUUUUGGUGUCUGCAAAGUAGUUAGUUUAGGAAGCCAGAUCCCAGUUGAUGUAGAUUCGUGUUGACAUCGGACUGACAAGGGACUGCGUUGGCCAACACAGUGAGAGGAUGCUGGGAGAGGGAUCUUUCUCUAGCAUUUCUAAACACAUCUUCCUGCAAAGUCUCACAUAGCGUGAGUUUCAGAGGACUGUUAACAUGCUCGGGCUUAGGAAAGGCAUAGACGGAGUUGUACCAAACUGUACCAACAACCCACUCCACAUUUAGCAGCAAUAGCGGCCUGGUGACAUGUUUAUCUGACACCGUCCAAGAGACGUAACCUCAGCAGACUAAAAUGCCGACGCCCACUCUGCAUUAACAAUAUCUGUGAUACUAUUCCUCCAACACAAGUACAACGGUAGACUGUCUAUUUGUUAGUACCGAACAUUCACUGCCAAUCUUGUGCCAGCUACGGUAACAGACGUGGAGGGAUUUGGAGUCUGGCCAGUCACGACUGUCCCUUCUGACUCUAUAGGUCGGGUUGACGCCCAGGAGACCAGCGUGGACCCUACGGCACAGGACCUAUGAUUGCAGUGGAGUAGCACUUUUAGGUUAAAGGUUGCUUCCUGUCAAUCACAGAUGUUUGCCCAAUCACUGUCCAAGCCUUUGCCAUAUGCACCACAGUUUCCCCAAACCUCUCUCAUCUCCACUCCGUGUCAAAGGGCUUUUAGGGAACUUCAUGUUCUGAGAAUUUAACUAAUAAAAACAAAAGCAAGCCCCGGGACUCCUGUGGCAUCGCUCGGCAGGAGUCCUGCUGCAAGGUUGGCAGCGGUCCGACCCGGUGAACUCAAGGGCUUGCUCUCCAGGGCAUGUGUGCUGUGUUUUGACAUGUGCUUCCCCAGGUGACGUGCUAUCGGCCACGGGCUAAGGCCAGCUUCUCCUCCCGACUCUGUGUUUGCCUCAGUUUGCUGAUGCACGCUGUUUGGAAUGAAUGUCCCAUCUGGAAAAGUUGUCUCUGCAUAUAUAGAAACACGCUCUCACUUUCCGAGGAGGAGGAAUGGAGCGAGGGCCUCUGAUCUGGCCACACCAGUGACAUUUCCAUCUGGCAGAGUUUAAAUGUGUGGUU